UAUCUUCCUCAGAAACUCGAUAUAAAAAGAGAGUGAGUGGCAACGGAGAAAUGAAUCCAAAAAGAAACACACACAAAUAGUUUUGUGUAAUAACACAAACAAGUGAUUACGUGAGACACAAUCAACACAAGCAACACAAGAAGAUGCUUGAGACCGGAGCGAUAUGGGGAUUAACCGGCACGACAGUGACGAGCUUUAUGUUCUUCUGGGCGAUGUACAAACAAUACGUCCCUCACGAAUUCCGAGCCUACGUGGAGAAAUACUUCAACAAGAUGAUUGGGUGGAUCUCUUACUACGUUCACAUCAAAUUCACCGAGUACACAGAAGAAGGUCUCAAGAGAAGUCAAGCCUACGAUUCCAUACGCAACUACUUGGCCUCGAAAUCUACGACUCUUGCUAAGAGACUAAAGGCCAACGAGUCGAAAAAUAGCAAAUCGUUGGUGUUUAGUAUGGACGAUCAUGAAGAAAUUGAAGAUGAGUUUGAAGGUGUGAAGGUGAAGUGGCAUUCAAAUGUGAAAGUGACUCAGCCUCAGCAUAGUUAUGGUCGAAGCAUCUCAGACGAGAGAAGGUACUUUACGCUUACUUUCCAUAGACGACACCGAGGUAUGAUCAUUGAGACUUAUCUUGAUCAUGUUUUGAGAGAAGGGAAAGCUAUUGGGUUGAAUAAGAGAGAGAGGAAGCUCUACACUAAUAACUCGAGUCAAGAAUGGUAUCCAUGGAGAUCAGGAAAGUGGAGUAACGUUCCUUUUCAUCACCCUGCUACGUUUGAAACUUUGGCUAUGGAUCCUGUAAAGAAAGAAGGGAUUAAGAAGGAUUUGAUAAAGUUUAGCAAAGGAGAAGAUUACUAUCGGAAGGUUGGGAAGCCAUGGAAGCGGGGUUAUCUCUUGUUCGGCCCGCCCGGGACAGGGAAAUCGACUAUGAUAGCUGCAAUAGCAAAUUUCUUGGACUAUGAUGUGUAUGAUCUUGAGCUGACGACCGUGAAGGAUAACUCGGACUUGAAGAAGUUGUUGUUGGAUACAAAAGGUAAGUCUAUCAUUGUGAUUGAAGAUAUUGAUUGCUCUCUUGAUCUUACGGGGCAGAGAAAGAAGAAGAAAGAUGAUGAUGAAGAUGAGGAUGGAGAGGAGAAGAAGAAGGAAGAUGACAAGAAGCCAAAGGUGGAAGAGAAGCAAAGCAAAGUUACUUUGUCAGGGUUAUUGAACUCCAUUGAUGGGUUAUGGUCAGCUUGUAGUGGUGAGAAGAUCAUAGUGUUCACAACUAAUUUUGUGGAUAAGCUCGAUCCAGCAUUGAUACGUAGAGGAAGAAUGGACAACCACAUUGAGAUGUCUUAUUGCAAGUUUGAAGCAUUUAAGGUUUUGGCUAAGAACUACUUGGAUAUUGAAACACAUGAAUUGUAUGAAGAAAUCGAGAGAAAGCUCGAAGAAACCGAUAUGUCCCCAGCGGAUGUUGCUGAGACUUUGAUGCCGAAGUCUGAUGAAGAAGAUGCAGAUAUUUGCAUCAAACGUUUGGUCAAGACUUUGGAGGAAGAGAAGGAAAAAGCAAGGAAGUUGGCUGAGGAAGAAGAGAAGAAGAAAACUGAGAAGGAAGCGAAAAAGAAGAAGAAAGCAGAGGAAGCGGAGGAGAAGAAGAGAGUAGAGGAAGAAGAGAAGAAGGAGAAGACAGAGGAAGAAGUGAAGAAGGGCAAGGAGCAAAACGGCGACGUUGCUAAGCAAAAUGGUUGCAACUAAAAUUAUAUGAACAAAAGAAGUGACGCCUGAUGAAUUCUUGUUUAUUGUGUAAGGUUGUACUUUGGCAUGGUGUUUCUAAAUAAAUUUUAAUUGCAAAAUACCAUAUUAAUUUUUGCUAAAAGAUGCUUAUUAUCUUGUUUAUUGUAUUAAACUUAUUAAACUUUGGAGUCGAUGCAUGGUAGUAGUUAUCUUUGUGGCAUUGGGAAAUGCUCGUCAUUGCUAGGUUCUAAACUUUGGGAUUUUUGAAUCCAUCUUUUCUUUGUACUUUGGUUUAUUUUGAACGAAAGGAAAUCAA